AUGACGUACAGAACGUCGCUGCUCCUGAGGCUGCUGCUGACUGGGUUCGCUGUUUGCAACGCCAGCCCCGCGGACGACGGCGCGGGUCCCGGAGGCCGGGGACCCCGGGGACGCGCGCGAGGGGACGCGGGCGCUGACGAGGCAGUGCAACGCCACGACUCCUCUUACGGCACCUUCGCCGGCGAGUUCUACGACCUGCGCUACUUGUCGGAGGAGGGCUAUCCUUUCCCCACCGCCCCUCCCGUGGACCCGUUUGCCAAGAUCAAAGUGGAAGACUGUGGAAGAACGAAAGGAUGCUUCAGGUACGGCAAGCCCGGCUGUAACGCAGAGACCUGUGACUACUUCCUUAGCUACCGGAUGAUAGGGGCUGAUGUGGAGUUUGAGCUGAGCGCAGACACGGAUGGCUGGGUAGCAGUUGGAUUCUCUUCAGACAAAAAGAUGGGCGGUGAUGAUGUCAUGGCCUGCGUCCAUGAUGACAAUGGCAGAGUCCGCAUCCAGCACUUCUACAAUGUGGGACAGUGGGCAAAGGAGGUCCAGAGAAAUCCUGCCAGAGAUGAAGAAGGGGUUUUUGAGAACAAUCGUGUCACCUGCAGGUUCAAGCGCCCUGUGAACGUUCCCAGAGACGAAACGAUCGUGGAUCUACACUUGAGUUGGUAUUACCUGUUCGCUUGGGGUCCGGCCAUUCAGGGCUCCGUCACCAGGCACGACAUAGACUCCCCGCCGACUUCAGAGCGCGUUGUCAGUAUUUACAAAUACGAAGACAUUUUCAUGCCGUCGGCUGCCUACCAGACCUUCUCCUCUCCGUUUUGUUUGCUUCUCAUUGUCGCCCUGACCUUCUACUUGCUGAUGGGAACCCCUUAGCCACAGCUGCAAGGCCAACAGACUAGAUGGAGCGGCAAGCCUUCAGUAUAUAUUUUUCAAUAUCGCCUGUAUUAGUCUAGCUUCUGUUACUUAAAAACAAGUCAUGAUUUCAACAUUUUUGGGGGAGAGAAAAGAACAAGCUUUUCUCCUAGUCAAACAGGAUUGUCAAGGCAACCCUGCUUUCAGGAAGUAUUUAAACCGUUUGCAAACACUUCAAAUAUGCUUUCUAUUUGAGCUUUACGGUGUCUGUGCUUUGACUUGGUAAAACUGAGAGUCGCCAUACCGAUUGGGAUUUAAACCCAGACAAAGGCUGCCUUUUGUUGGCCUACAGGUUUCACAGCCUUGGCUAGCGCGAUCAGCUGACACAACGGGGAGGUAAAGAGCUAGAUCUGGAAAGUGUGUCUCCCAACAGUCUUUAUUUCGAGCGGUAGUGCACGAGAGGGUUACUUGGCGUGUUGCCGUGGAGAAUUUCACAGGAUGUCACAAGUGCAUCAGCAGCCUCUCGAGAACAUUUCCGUGGAGGCUAAAUGCUUUUAGAUAGUCACACAGUGGAUGGGGCGUACGGGAGAGAUUAUAGUGAGAAGCAGUGGUUUGUAUUUAUCGAAAGUAUCUUCCCAAUGCGCAAGUAGUUAUGAGAAAACAGUUUUAUAUUGCUGUUAGGAAAGAUGAAAAUAGAACUGUGAAUAUUCCUGAAGAUGUAAAAUUACCUUAAUGAUAAAAACAGGAGAAUUCUUAGCAAUUAGAAUUGGCUCUCUUCUGCCACUGCGUUCAACCAGCUAGGGUGUUCCUGGGUGGCUCUAGCCAACAGUGGUGUUCAAGUCGGCAUCCAUUAAAUAUAAUUAAAUAUGCAUCAGACAUCAAGUCAUCCUAAUAUAAUAUAAUAUAGACAGACAAGUCAUCCUAAGGAAAACACACAUCAACAUUUUUAAAGACUGUAGACACCAGGAGCAAAAAUGGGAGGAGGGACCCUAAAGUAAAUUCACCAAGAGUAUACAUUAAAAAUGUUCAAUUCUAUGUUUUCUUUUUUUAUAAGAGCCAGAUACUCUCUAAAUACCUAUGCUGGCAGCCUACCUAGAGGAGAGUAACUGUGGGCACUUACACGGUGGGCCAUUGCCACCGUGGCUUUCCAGAAUUCUCUGAUUUGUUCCCAUUGCUUCCAGGCUGGCUCCAACUUUAUAGUUGAGUAACACUGGACUAUGGUUUCUAAGUCCCAAGUUCAUGUCCGAGGUGAACGUCUGCCUGUGGGGAGAAUGUUCAGAUUCUUCUGAACUGGCGCCAAAAUAAAGUAUGUAUUACUACUUCGCGACACUGCCCACACCCAGUUUCAAACUCAAGGUUCAAGCUGGUGGCUCCCCCUGACGACAACUGCCUCUUCACCAAGCCCUCUCUCUGAUCCUGGUCAAGCUCGGCACAAGCGUGGCUGGUAAUCAGUCUCUCAGGGUUAGUAGUUGGUUUAGGAGCGACGGUUGGGAGUAUAUAGAGACACCCGUGUUGUAAAUAAGAAGCCCGAUAUUUUUGUAUCCUUUAUGUGUAUAGUAGCUGCUGUAUAAAUCGCGGAGCUAAUAGAGACUUCAGCUAAUAGUGGGAGCGAGUGGCGUUUCCCUUCCUUUUUACGCUUCCAAUCAAGUAACUGUUUCAUAGUCCUUCGACUUUAGUGGCCAGCUUUGUCAAUUUUCGCUUGGAACUUACAGAGUUAUCCUUGCCCUUACAGUGAGUGACAUGCAAUGACUCUACUAAACUUCAGGGUUUCUGCCUCUUCGGGGCCACUGCCUGUCCCAGCAAGUCUGAGGGACCUUGAGUUCCUCCAACCUGCUCUCUCUCACCUGUCCUGUCCCCGUCUUCCCUAUCCUCCCCCGCCCCCUCCAAGAUGAUGCGCUCAUCUGUGAGGCCCUAACUCUUAUCUCUUCCUCCAGUCUUGGGGACAGCGUGGUUUUAGGAGUGAUUCAGCCCUCCUCUAGCAUGCUGGGCUUUUCGUUAGGAGUCAUGUCUCUCCCAUCCUUGUAACUGAUGCUCCUUCUUGGUAGGUAUUCAAAAAACUGGUGGGCUGAAUUACAAAGCUGUCUCGACACUGCAAGUUUACUUGGGCCAGAGGAAUCGCUUUUAUGGACUGUUGCCGGCUAGCCAGUGUUUUUAUAUGUCCUACUCAUGAUCAAACCAUGUCUUCCAAAACGCGAAUGACAGAAUCCCCAGUGGCAGUGUGGCUUUGCCUUUCAGUGGACAUCAGUUGGCACUUUGGACAGUAAUCGCUGUCAUGAUUUACAACAAGAGAUGUGUCACAAACUGCUGACCGUCGUCUCAGAGAUCUGUCCACUGAUAGACAUGCCGAAGUGAAAACCCUGUAGACUUUGAAUUCAUCCAUUCUUAUCUAAUCUAAGGGAACUCCUAUUCUUCUUUCUAUUCGUGCUCUCUUUUUCAACAGGGCCUCUCAGUCAUUCAUUUUGAGCCCUCCCGACUCCUGGCUGCUGCUCUCUCAAGCAUGCCUGCUCCAGGUCUGACGUACGGUUUCACUUUCUACAGUGUUUGUCCUGAGGGAGAAGCUAUCAGGGCUUCUUGGUGAGACGCCCAAGCGAAACAGGAGCGGCAGACAGAUGCAUGUAGCGCUGUUGUUAGUGGUCAGUCCUCCCCGCCAGAGGAAGCGUCUGUUGUCAAUCCAGCUUUGCAGAAGGAAGAGUUGAGGUCGGUCUUCUGGCGAGCUUACCAGUGCUGGCCAGACUUUAGAGAGGCUAGUUCAAUGCACUUGUCAUGCAAGAGGCAGCAGGGACGAGGGAGCCGAUAUGACUUCCUAUGCCUCAUGCAAAGUCUUUAAAACUUCCAUUAAGUAGAACCUGCUGUUCAUACUCAAAUCAGCUGGGUGCCUUUAUCUGCCCCUAGUAUUUUACAGUGAAAAUGGGACCUUCUUACAGUUGUGUUUGCAGAACUCAGCACAGUGGUUUUCUGCUUAAAACCUUUGGAUUAUUUUUGCCAGUCAUUUUAGUAUUUUCUUUCUUUCUUUCUUUCCUUCCUUCCUUCCUUUUUCUUUCCUUCUUCCUUCCUUUCUUCUUUUCUUUUUUUUUUUUUUGGGUCAGUGCUGAUGAUCAUACCCAAGGCCUUGUACAUAUCCAUAGGGUGUUCUACCACCCAGCUACAUCCCCAGCUCAUUUUUAGUACUAUUAAUGUUUUCAUACUAAUGUGUCAAUUGGACACAAUUGGAAGAAUGCAUUUGUCUUAGCUAACUUUUAACCAUGACUUUCUUAAACCAUGGUCUCUCUUACAACAUGGGCUUCUAUGUGCUUUUAUUGACCCACUAUAGUUAAACAUGCACUCAGACAAAGUCCAGAAGCUGCAUUCUGUUACUGCUAGUUGCUUUUGUCCUUAAAGAAAUCAGAAAGUUUGGGCUGGAGAGAUGGCUCAGUGGUUAAGAGCAUUGCCUGCUCUUCCAAAGGUCCUGA